CUGCGCCCCGCGCAGCCGGUUACUCGCUUACCGGAGGCUGCAGUCUCCCGCGGCGCGGCGACAACUAGGGUUCACCGUCGCCGUGGCAGAGGAGCCGCGAAAAGAUGUGGGUUUUUGGUUACGGGUCCCUGAUCUGGAAGGUGGAUUUCCCCUAUCAGGACAAGCUGGUCGGAUACAUCACAAACUACAGCAGGCGCUUCUGGCAGGGCAGCACGGACCACCGCGGGGUCCCCGGCAAGCCUGGAAGAGUUGUGACUCUUGUUGAAGAUCCUGCGGGAUGUGUAUGGGGUGUUGCUUACAGAUUGCCAGUAGGAAAGGAAGAAGAAGUAAAAGCAUACCUUGACUUCAGAGAGAAAGGAGGCUACAGAACCACAACAGUCAUUUUUUAUCCAAAAGAUCCCACAACAAAACCAUUCAGUGUAUUGCUAUAUAUUGGAACAUGUGAUAAUCCUGAUUAUCUUGGUCCUGCACCUCUGGAAGACAUUGCUGAACAAAUUUUUAAUGCAGCUGGUCCAAGUGGAAGAAAUACAGAAUAUCUUUUUGAACUUGCAAAUUCUAUUAGGAACCUUGUGCCAGAAGAAGCAGAUGAGCAUCUUUUCGCUUUGGAAAAAUUGGUAAAGGAACGUUUAGAAGGGAAACAGAACCUCAAUUGCAUAUAA